UUUGAGUAAUGAUUAAGUGAGUAAUCAUGUAAAUAAAUAAAUUGAAUUUUUAAAAUUCUAUUCAGGAUUUAUAUUGGAUGGCUUUUAAGGUAGGUGAAUAUUUUCUUAAAUAAGUAAGUUAAUUAUUUAACCUAUACAAUAUUGCAACUGUUAUAGUACCUUAUACUCUACAUAUUAUUUAUAGUUAAUCUUGGAAUUAUCUUAUGUGAGUCGUAAAUCGGUUCGAUUGGAAUGGAACAAGCAACCAAAUAUUUUAGAUCCUUUAUUCAAAUUGUAUAUGAACGAAAAUGGUCGAAAUUGGAUUAUUGUGUAUAAGUAAAAUUAUUAAAUAACAUUAUUAAUCAUAGUAAAUAAUAAAAACUUAAUAAAAAUGUUUUAGAGGGUACCGUAACUAUUUUUGUGUCAACAAUUUAUGUUGCGGUUGCACGUAUAAUUUUAAACUAUGCAUGGUGUCAAAUGAUGAAAUUUCAGCAACUGUUAGUUAUACUACAAAGAGUAUGGCCUAUAAUUUAUUUUUAUUUUAAAAUAUUUUUCAUAUACAAAUAUGAAAUUUAGUUUUUAUGUAUACCAUCAAUGCCUUGACAAUGUGAGGAGUAUUGGUUUAACAAGGCUGUUUUGUGGGUUUGAAGUACCUACUUGUUUGCUACUUAAUUGUAGUUUAGACAAGUUCUAUUUAUAAUAAUUAAAUGUAAACACAUGAUUCAUUUAUAAGUAUUACAUUUUAAAUAAAACUUGCAAAGUUAAAAAUUUAGUACCCACUUAAAUAUCAAUUCUUUUUUUGGCAAAGCUGACAAACUUGGCUCCUUUUUCAGAAUUAUAUCUUUGGUUGAUUAUCACUCAUUUAUGUAAUGCUACAUUCUACCUAAUUAUAUAGGUAUAUUAUAUGAAAAUAUAAAGCCAUGUAACAUACAUGGCUUUAUAGUAUAAAUCCCAAAAUAGCACCUUUUUUUUUUAUUUCUCUCUUAUUAAUCUAAGGUGUUUAUUAUAAUACUAUAUAUCAAAUUAACAGAUAAAAAUAUUCUAUACACAGUGGUUUUGAUCGCCUCAGAACACAACAUUUAAAAGAAUUGCUGCUGAGUGGCUACGUGUAAAAGGACCCUAACUUAAUAUCUGAAAGAUAACCAUUUUUCUUGAUGUUGAUAAAAGCAGAGUAAUUAGUACUAAAUAAAUUAAAUGAAAUUGUUUAAAUUAUUUAAAGAAAUAAAUUUAUAAAUGAUUGCAUACCAAUUUGAAGACUUGAAAUCAAUAACAGACUGCAAAAAAAUAAUUAAGUUAGACCCAAAAAAACUGAACUAUAUACCAUAUUUAUAAUAGUAGUCUACAAGGCCCAACAAAAUCAUGUACCAUGGCUGCUGAUGAGGUCAUAACAAGAAGAACAUAAGAUAAACAUUUUGGUACUUAACCUAUUAUUGAUUUCAAGUCUUCGUUUAUUGACAAUUCCCAAGUGAGGAGAAAUACUUUUUAAAUAUAAUUGGUUUACGUAUUGUAUAAUAUAUAAGUAUAAUGUAAAAUAUAAAUAUGAAAGCAAAUAUUAUACAUUUAUACCUAAAAUUAUAAUUUUUCUUUUAAAAUUAUAUCUAUUUUGAGAUUUGGGAGUAUUAUCGCUCUCAUUCCUACCUUGUAUCCAGCCUCCAUAUUUUAAAAACUUGGUGCCUAUAAUUCUGUACCUGUAUUAACAAUAUCAUAUUUCAACUCUAUACAUUUAAGUUAUCAUUAAGAUAAAAAAUACUUAAUCUACUCAAGAUUUUCAACUAAUCUUGAUUGUAAGUAAUAACUUUAAAAUGUUUUUAUUUAAUUUGAUAAAUAUUUUUAUUUAGAUGACUUUCCAAGUAUUACUGCAUUUCAUCAUAGUAUUUCUCAAAAUCUACCUUUGCUUUUUCGGGAGUUCUUAGAUACAAGAGCUAAAGAUAUAAAUGUAUACAAUGAAUUGGGCCAAUCGGGCUUGUUUAAAGCCUGUGCAGCUGGCCAUAAUGAUAUGGUACUUACUCUCAUACGAUUUGGUGCAGAUGUAAAUUUACCCAACAUGUUUACUAAAGUCACUCCACUAAUGACUGCAGCCUACCAUGGUUAUUGUGAUGUAAUAAGAAUACUAGCUCAUAAUGAUGCUGAUGCUUCUCUAAGAGAUAUGUUUGUAUACCAAAAAUAUUUAGACUAAGAAAUAUAAACUAAGUAUUUAACUUUUUUUUUUAAAUAAAAUAAAUAAUUAAUGUAUUUAUUAUUCCCUUAUAAUUAGAAACUCAAAAACAGCACUUCAUUAUGCCGUAGAUGGAUCAAAAAAUAAUGCAGUUAAGAUGCUUUUAGAAGAAAAAUGGUGUAAUGUAAAUUUAGUAGACUCUAGAGGUUGGACACCAAUAAUGAGAGCAGGUAUAUACUAGCAUAAUUAUUAAUUUAUUACAGUUAAUAAUUAUUAAUAAAUAUUAUACAAAUGUAGUUAAUUAUAAUAAACUAAAAUCAACAUUUUUUGAAAUACUUGUUAUUUAAGUAUGUUUUGAUGUACAUAAUAUUAAAAUACUUUUUUUUUGUAGUAUUGAUAUUUGCUAAUUUGGAUGUUAUCAAGACACUCAUUAAUCAUGGUUCAGAUCUCAAAAUUAAAGAUAAAAAUGGUCAAAAUGUUUGGCAAUUAGCUCAUUUAUCAAAUAACUGGGAAGCUUUAAAAAUAUUACCAGACUAAGUCAUUAAGUUGUUUGUCUGUAAUAACUAAUG